UAAAAUUUCCACCAAAUCGAAUAUCUUCACAUCUGUACGUGAAUCAAAGCAACAAAGAAUCGAAAACUUUCGAGAUUCUUUCGAGGCCUGGAACCAUGCUACCACGAAUAAAUCCAAUUCUGUUCGCAGGACGUGACUCGUGAGGAGCACGUAUCCAAGGAUUCUUUCAAAGGAUGUCCAAGCUGCUUCUCGCGACCCUGCUUCUCCCUCUAACCAUCCUUUCUCGCGUCGCCUGCAAAUUGUCCGAGUCCGACGAGUCGGACAGCUAUUCCAACCUAUACCCUUUCCUGGAAAAAUGGGCCAAGACCAGCCACACGAAGAUGCUGACCGUGGUAUUCGACGACUUCCAACCAUCCCCCAUCGACAUCCCCGCCGGGAUGCUGAUCGAUUUAAACGUGUCCACCAGGCUGGUUACUUUGAAACAUCUGAUAUCUCUUCCAUCCAAGGACAGGGGGCGUGAUUAUCAAACGAUAGAGACGGAAAAUUGCGUGUUGCUCCUGUUCUCGGACGUGGACCAUCUCAAAGAUAUUCUCAGCUCGCCGCACUUGAUCUCGUUCUGGCAUCCGGAGAAUUUCUACAUCCUUCGCGAGCAAGGACAACCGUCCGCCACCUCGUUCGAGCAGGAACGAUUCUGCCAGUGGGCGUUCGAGAGGCUUUGGAGGGUGAGAAGGGUGUAUAAGCUGCUUCUGUUCACCGGUGACAAAGUGAUCCGAUACGAUCCAUUCGAUUCGUACAACAGCGCCAGGUAUCGCCGAAGUUGCGACUGGAAUUGCGAUAAAUCGAACGAGGAGGGUGGCUUCCUGUUGAUCGAGCGGCCGAAUAUCACCGAGGUGUCCGACUUUUUCGAGGAGGAGAGGCUCGACUUCAAGCGGUACCCGUUGAAAAUAUCCAUCUUCGAGACGAGCACGAUCUCUCUGAAGGAGGGGCGAUACUUUGGCUUGGAUUUCAAGUAUCUGGAAGAGGUUUGCAAGAUGAACGUGUCGUACGCCCUGAUCAACUCCAAGGAUAGAUUCGGUUGGAAGGAGAACGGCACCUUCUUCGGGACAAUUGGACACUUGGUGUACGGUUUCGCGGACGUUUCGUUCAAUCAAUUCUUCGUCAAGGAUUAUCAGACCAGACAGCUCGAGUUCACCGCGUCAAUUACGAGUGACAAAUUGUGCGUUCUUAUACCGAAAGCUGCACCGCUGCCCGAUUAUCUCGUCAUCGUCAAGAUCUUCACGGGGAGAGCAUGGUUGCUCGUGUUCGCCGCCCAUUUCGUAAUCGCGAUGAUUUACACGAUAUUGAAGACCGAGAAGUAUCGAAAUAUGUUCGAGGCUGUGCGGAAAAGCGGGCAGGCGUUCUUCUGCUGCGAAUAUAUCCCCGACUCGUAUUUCCUCGAGAAUGGAAACGGUCUCGUGUUCAACGUUGUUCGAGAAACGGGCGAGAGGGUGUCGUACGAGGAACGCGAGCGAGUGAGCGAUCGAAAUACCAGGUCACAAACCGUCCGAUCGGCGACGUCCAAAACGAAGAAAAACGAUUUGAAACGAUUCGAUCGAGCCUCUUUGUACCUUCUGUUAACGCUGGUACGCUAUUUAAUGAAGGUGGUAUUUCAGCUUAUGCAACCGUUUAAAUUGGGUCAACCAUGGUUCCCGGAGAGAUUGUUGCUGAUAUGCAGUCUGCUCCUCAGUUUGAUCCUCAAUGGAAUAAUCACAUCUCAACUUGCCUCCAGUUUCAGCAAACGAAUGUACUACGAAGAUAUCAACACGUUGGAACAGUUGGAGAAAAGCGGGAUCACGAUUUUAACCGACGCCAAAGACGUCAUAAGCGACGCGUUCACCGAUGUAACAUCGCCGUUGAUCAAACGGCUCCACGAGAGAUUGGAAUACGCGAACAGAUCGGAAGUUCAUAGAAGAUUAUUCGAGGUGAGGGAUGCUGGCUAUCUUCAUCGAAUCGCGACUCUUCCGUUGAAAUACGACCAAUAUCAGAGACAAACGUUGCACGUCGUUAAAGAGUGUCCAAAGGAUUACAUCAUAGCCAAUGUGAUAAAGAAAGGAUCACCUUUCGGAAGACGUAUAAACACCAUCCUUCUCAGAUUGAACAAUGGUGGUUUCUAUAAGAUUUGGUAUCAAGCCAUGUACCGAUCGUUAAAACGGAAAGAGAUGAUGAUGCUCGAUGACUCGUCGAUACAUCGAAAGAUCACGAUUCGACAUUUGUUUAUCCCUUUCGGGAUACUUUACCUCGGAUUGACCACCAGCGUAAUCGUAUUCAUCUACGAAUAUCGGCGAAACAACGUUUGACGUUUGGGUUAAGCCUCGAAGGGAUGUUCAAACUGAAUGUUCAAAAGCGAUAACUGAAGUGGAAAUCAUUGUGUCUCCAGCGUGUCAUUCCUUUGCCCUACAAUCAAAGGGUGAAGGGUAAAUCGAGUAAACGGGACGUGAAAAUUUUAAAAAAAGACGCGUCAUUUUCUUGUCUAUUCGAUAAGAAAUUGUUCUCGAUAGCUUUUGACGAACAAUUUUUAUGAUAAUUAAUAAUAAAUAUUGCUUUUUUAAUUAUC